UCGACACGAACGCUAGGAUUUAAUUCUUGCAUUCCAGAUUUUCGUCAUAGGUGGUACUGGUACCUUCUUUUUAGGUAUGUUAGUUCAGAAAAUAAAGAGCUUUGAAUUUCUUUUUAUUUUUUAUUUUUUAUUUUUUAUUUAAAUUCCCUAUUGCCCUUGAAAGAUGCAUCAGCCAUUUCAAUUUGUAAGACGAAAGAAAAGGUUUCUUCUUAAAUUCAAUGGAGAAGGGCAAUGGUGUAAUAGUUUGUGUUACCGGAGCUUCUGGAUACCUCGGAUCUUGUCUCGUCAGAAAGCUAUUAGACAAAGGUUAUAAUGUCCAUGCAACACUGCGAAACCUGGGCGAAAAGUCGAAAACGAGCCUUCUAAAGUCGCUUCCGAGUGCGGAGACGAGAUUAAAGUUAUUCGAAGCUGAUAUAUACAAUCCUCAAGAAUUUGAGACAGCUAUUGAAGGGUGCCAGUAUGUUUUUCAUGUGGCUACACCAAUGCUUCAUACUCGAAACACAAAAUACAAGGAUAUAAGUGAAGCAGCUGUAGGAGGGGUGAAAAGCAUAGCUGAAUCUUGCCUUAGAUCGCAAACGGUGAAACGACUCGUGUACACUUCCUCCUUAAUGGCCGCUUCACCUCUAACCGAAGAUGGAUCUUGCUUUAAACCACUCAUGGAUGAAUUAUGUUGGAGCCCUCUCGAUCGCUCGUACACUUACAGCAGUCAAUUUGACUUGGACUAUAUCAAAUCAAAGACCCUAUCCGAGAAAGAGAUUUUACGGUACAAUAACGAAAAACAAAGUGAAUGGGAGAUGGAAGUGGUUAGUUUGGCAUGUGGGCUUGUUGGAGGGGAAACACUUCUUUCGUAUCUACCUUCGAGUUUACUGCUUGUGUUGUCGCAGUUAACAUGUGACCAAAUAUAUUUAAGAGAAUUAAGGUUCUUGCAAGAAUUGAUGGGUUCGGUUCCUGUGGUGCACAUUGAAGAUGUUUGUGACGCCCAUAUUUUUUGCAUUGAGAAAAAUUCACUAAAAGGUCGAUUUUUUUGUGCUGCCGAGAGUCGAACUAUUGAAGAAAUCGCAAUUUGCUAUCAAGAAAUUUACCCCUUAUGCCAGAUACAAGAAAGGUUCGAGUAUGAACCGAGGGAAGGAAGCAAAUGUGACCUGUCGAAAUUGAGGAAAGAGGGAUUUGAGUUCAAGUACGGACUGAAAGAAAUACUCAAUGACAGUGUCCAAUGCGCAAAGAAACUCGGGUUCUUGCAAGUUUGAAAUCAUAGGAUAUUUUAUUUUUCCAUAAAUAAUCAGAACAUUGUCCAAUUUUCACAUGGCAAAGGCCUCUUGCAUGUGUGCCUAAAUUUGUGUUGUGGACAUGCUUCUUUCCUUGGGUAAAAUUUCACUUUUGCCCCUCAACUAUGUACUUUAUUCCUUCUAUCUAAGAAAAGAAUAAAAGAUCGUGUUUAAAACUCAUA